GAUAUUGAUGAGUGUAAACUUGACAACAUGCCAUGUAGCCAGGGAUGUAACAAUAUUGAAGGAUACUUUAAUUGUUACUGUUACCCUGGUUACAUGAUGGAGUCUGACAGAGUGUCUUGUAAAGGUUUGUGUUGCUUAACAUUUAUAACACCUUAAUUGUUUUAACAAUUAAACUCCUUAGUAAAAUGUGCAAAGUUAGGCCUUCUGGUAUUAUUGGGGAGAAAAAUGUAACUUUUCUGAAAUCAGAUAUUUUUUUGAGUUAUUUUACUGAUUCACUAAAAAUUUACUAAUCACAAGCCUAGUUAUUAGGGUUUUAAUAGUUUUUUUGUUAGGUUAAGAAGUUAAGAUUAUAUUUUAUAUAAUUUUGCAUUUCAGCUUGUGAAGUUCCCUAUUAUGGAGAUAACUGCAAACAAACCUGUGACUGUAAUGGCAGAGGAUCAUGUAACACAGUGAAAGGAUGUGUUUGUGAUGUGAACUGGACAGGGGUCAACUGUGACAUAGAUGUUGAUGAAUGUUCCUUACCAGAUGCCUGUCCUGAAGGGCAUCUUUGUGCGAACACAAAUGGAUCAUUAACUUGUUUAUGUCCAAUAGGCUAUAUCAUGGAAGAAGAUGUAUGCAAAGGUGUGUAGCUUUGGUAGCAAUUUAUUUUAUAAGUAAAUUUUAAGAAUAUUUAUUUUCAAUGUGAAAAUUAAAAAGAAUUAGACUAGGUAAUUUAAUAGUUUUUCAAUUUUGUGCAAAAAAGCAAGAAUGUAUAAUUAUUAUUUUCUAUAUUUUAUUCAACCCAAUAAUUUCUUUACCUAACUGGUUUUUUUUAGUUCAAACUACAAAAUUUUCAAUAUAUUUACUUAAUGUGAAUGAUUUAUUGAUAUAUAUAAAUGAUACAAUCAAAGUAUCCAUAAUAAACAAAAAAUGUGUAAGAAGCAACAAAAUGUUAACAAAGAACAUAACAGCAGGCUUUUAUUAGUCAUAUUAUUUUAAAAAAUUUCAUUAUUAAAUAUUCUCUAAUUUGAAACUGCAUGUUUGCAUAAUAUCUAAAUCUCUCUGUAGAUGUUGAUGAGUGUUUUAGCCUUCUAACUAAUGGGACAUGUAACUUACAAACAGAAGUUUGUUUCAACACUGUUGGUAGUUACAGGUGUGAGUGUAAACAUGGCUAU